AUGGUUCAAUUACCGUUUAAAUCCGAAAAGGCUAUAGAUUUUGGCAAUAGCCUCAAUGUCGCGUUAAAUCGUUUCUAUUCUACUGAACGUCGCAUCGCAUCUAGUCAGUAUUUAACGGAUAAAUACAUUAGCUUUAUGGAAGAGUAUUUGAACCUAGGCCAUAUGGAAGAAAUCCCUGAUAACGAGUUAAAUACGAAUUAUAGCAAAAGUUUUUACUUGCCGCACCAUGCCGUUCUUAAAGAUGAUAGCAGCACAACAAAAGUCAGGGUAGUGUUCGACGGUUCGGCUAGAUCUUCACAUAAUCAUCCAUCUCUCAAUGAAACGUUACUUAUAGGUAAAUCUUAUCAACGUGAUCUCUUUUCUAUUUGUAUUCGUUUUCGUCGACAUCGCUAUACGAUAUCUGGUGAUAUCGAAAAAAUGUUUCGCCAGAUCAGAGUUUCAAAGGAGCAUGCAGACUUCCAAAGAAUUCUUUGGAGAAAGUCUAGCAGUUUGCCUUUAAAACACUAUCGUCUUUUGACAGUGACAUAUGGCACUGCUUGUGCUCCAUUUUUGGCUGUCCGUACUCUGUAUCAACUCGCAAUUGAUUCAGCAGAAACUCAUCCGAGAGCUUCCGAAGUAUUGUUGAAUGAUUUUUACGUCGAUGACGUCAUGACUGGGGCUGAUACCAUCGAAGAAGUCACCUCACUUCGCUUAGAACUUAUUUCGCUCCUCAAUUCUGCCGGCUUAAAUCUUCGAAAGUGGACAACAAACUGUUGGCCUCUACUUCUCAGUUUGCCAGAAGAACAACGCGAGAUGUCACCCAAGGAAUUCGAAGAAUAUAGCACGGUUAAACUUCUCGGCUUGCAGUGGUCUCCUGCAAAUGAUUCGUUUUCUUACAAAGUCAACUUAAACGAUAAAGCUUCGUCAACAAAGCGCCAAAUAUUGUCAGAAUCUUCAAGGAUAUUUGAUCCUAUCGGUUUUUUAACUCCUGUAGUGAUCGGUAUUAAAAUACUUUUUCAAGAGCUUUGGCGAAAAAAGUACAAAUGGGAUGACGUCAUUUCUUCAGAGCAUGCCAAAACUUGGCAUUGCAUUCGCGAUGAACUCCCGGCUAUUGAAAAAUUAAGUAUUCCACGAAUCAUGUGGUCUUCGAAAAACAACGUCGAGUUUCAUGCAUUUUGCGAUGCAUCGCUGGAUGCGUUUGCUGCAGUGAUAUACUGUAGAAGCGUCGAUUUAGCUGGAAAUAUUACCAGCAACAUAGUCGCAGCAAAGAGCAGAGUAGCUCCCAUCAAAGUCGUUUCUCUACCGCGUCUCGAGCUCUGCGGAGCAGUUUUACUAACUCGAUUAGUAACAAAACUUAAAACUUCUUUACAAGAUAAAGAAAUCAAAGUUGUAGCUUGGACUGACUCCGCAAUAGUCCUUCAUUGGCUUUCGGCGUUGCCCAAAAGGUGGUCAGUUUUCAUCGGAAAUCGUACUUCGGAGAUUCUCUCUACGAUACCUAGAGAAUCAUGGCAUCACGUACGAUCUGAACAAAAUCCAGCUGACUGCGCCUCCCGAGGUGUUCCACCGUCUCAUUUACUUCAAAAUGAUUCAUGGUGGACUGGGCCAUCGUGGAUUAUAAAAGAACGAGACCAAUGGCCAAAAUCAGAAUAUUCGGUGGAUAAUAUUCAACCUGAAGACUUUGAACAACGUAAAAAACACCCUACUUUUGCUUUCGUAGCAAAACUCGACUCUACUAACAUUUUUUGUCAAGUGAUCGAUAGUUCUUCUCGCUUUCUAAAAUCUGUUCGUGUUAUCGGUUUUAUCUUUCGGUAUAUAUCAAACAUUCGUGAACUCGUAGCAAUUAGAAAAGAACUAAAAAGGCUAGAAAGUAAUGAAAUCAGUGAUUCCGUAAAAAAAGCUGAGCUAAAGAAACGUCUAUCAAAUGCUCGUGAUAAAUCUGUCCCUAAAACACAAUCGUUGGCUUUGUCUUCUCUCGAAAUUUCCACGGCAAAGACCGAACUCAUUCGUUUUCAUCAAAUUCUUAGUUUUGCGUGUGAAAUAGAUGAUAUAAAGUGUGGUAAAAAUCUUGAAAAGGGAAAUAAGCUAGCAUCGUUAGCACCGUUUGUGGAUGACCAAGGACUCUUACGCGUCGGUGGUCGUAUCCAAGAAGCAUAUGUAGCUUACUCGGCAAAACACCCUAUCAUUCUCGAUAAAAACACUCGCAUUGCAAAACUUAUCGUCGAACAUUUUCACAACUCUAAUUGCCAUGCAGGUGUUUCUCUCUUAUUUGCAUUGCUGAGACAGGAAUAUUACAUUAUCGGUUGCAGAAAUCUGCUUCGUAAAAUAGUCCACAAAUGUGUUCCGUGCUUUCGUCAACAAAAGACUACUUCGACCCAGCAAAUGGGUAAUCUCCCGGCAGACCGUGUGCAGUUUUCGCGUCCAUUUAGCAAGGUUGGUGUGGACUACGCCGGUCCUCUAACAUUACGUAUAGCUCGAGGACGAAACCCUAAAUUUACCAAGGCCUACAUCGCGCUAUUCAUUUGUUUCUCAACAAAGGCUAUACAUAUAGAGUUGGUUAGUGACCUCUCUUCAAACGCCUUUAUCGCUGCCCUUGAUCGUUUUGCGUCGCGUCGUGGUAAACCGUCGGAAAUUUGGAGCGAUAAUGGAACAAAUUUCCAUGGAGCUAAUCGGUGUCUCAACGAAAUGUUUCAGCUACUUCUGAGUCAGCAGCACAACGAUAUCAUCAUUGAUCAUCUUUCCAAAGACAAAAUUUCGUGGAAUUUUAUCCCCCCUUCUUCACCUCACUUUGGUGGACUGUGGGAGGCGGGGGUGAAAUCUGUAAAAUUUCACUUGAAUCGAGUAAUCAAGGAUCAUCGGCUGACCUAUGAGGAGAUGUAUACGUUGCUCACACAAAUCGAGGCACUUUUAAACUCUCGACCUAUGUGGCCAACAUCGGAUAUGGAUCCAAUAGCUCUCAGCCCAGCUCACUUUUUGAUUGGUGAAACUAUGAAUUCUAUUCCUCAUCCUUUUGUCUCUGAUCAAAACAUUUUUACUAAUUGGUCUCUUUUACAGUCUCUCAAACAAGGUUUUUGGAAACAGUGGCAUUCUGAAUAUUUAACUUCGCUGCAACAACGUCCAAAAUGGCAAGGUGUCAAACCCGAUCUCAAACCUGGCGAUGUAGUCAUGCUUAAAGAUUCAAAUCUUCCACCAGCUAAAUGGGUACUUGGACGAGUGAAGGAAGUCCAUCCAGGCAAAGAUAAAAGAGUACGAGUUGCCACUAUUACCACACAAACUGGAGACUAUGUCAGACCAAUCGUUAAAAUCUCACCAUUACCUUUUUGCUGA